AUGGAAUACAUAGACAUUGUCAGUAUCGGUGUGAAUAUCAAGACAAUUGCCGAGGAACAACGCAAUACACGAACCAAACGUAGUGGCUGUCCUAAAAAAAAUGAUAUUCUCAGUAUUACUUCUGUCUUCUUGGAACAUGGAAAUCAUUCUCGAGAUCCGCUUACCAAUAAAUUUGCUAUUUCACAUCGAACAUUAACUGAACCAAUGUUGGAAGAUAUCAAAUUUUGGACUACUAACGGAGAUAUCAGCAUGCGUACUCAGCAGCAACUACUUUUUGCAAAAUAUGAAAAUGUAUUUUUUCUACCUCAAGACUUGACAAACGCUAUUCAGAAGUUUAAAAAAGAACGACAAAUUGAAAAUGAAGCCGCUACUCUGAUCAACCAUCUUCUUGAAUGCAAAGCUGAGGAUAUAAGGUGGAUUGUAAAAUGGCGUGUUGAUUCAGCGACUAAUUCCUUGGUAUCGUUAUUUUGGAUGACACCAGAACAAUAUGAUCUUUAUGUUAAAUACCGAGAUGUUAUACAAUAUGACAAUACUUACUCUACUAAUCAGUUUAAAAUGGCACUUGGACUUUUUGUAAUCGUCGACAAUAACAACCGAUCUCAUCUUGUCAGACAAACGUUAAUGAAUGAUGAGACAUUAGAAAGCUUUGAAUGGGUCUUCACCACUCUUCUUGAAGCAGUAAAUUUUCCUCCCUCAGUCAUCAUAACAGACAACGAUCUUGCCAGUGACACUGCAAUUGCAAAUAUAAUGCCAGGCACAUAUCAUAUCCAUUGUAUCUAUCACAUUGGGCAAAAUCUCUUGAAGAAUCUAAAAGCCAGACUGGGGUCGCAAUAUAAUGAAUUUUCUAAUGCUUGGUACCAAAUGAGAAAUGCGCCAUCUCAAGCUGAAUUUGAUUGUCUUUGGGAUUCUCUCCUCGAACAAUAUCCUGAUUCAGUUUCAUAUCUUAAUCGAGCACUCGGAUCUCAGAAACAAAGAUGA